AGCUGCUGGGCAGAAGUUGCCUUUCCUCCUCCUCCAGAAGCCAUGGUUUCCAGGAAGGUGUUGGGAUGUCUUGUCUGUCUGUUUGUAGCUACUGUGUUUAUCUGGAUUACACUUUGGAAUGGAGAAGUGCACUACCUCCCAUACUACCUCCCUUGCCCACAAAUCUUCUCAAUGAAACUCCAGUACACAGGAGAGAAGCUGAUCCGGGUUGUCCCCCAAUUAUUUUAUCAGCAGCCAAGAGUCCUGGCUCCACAGCGUCAGGAUGUGCUGACAGUCACCCCAUGGCUGGCCCCCAUCAUCUGGGAAGGAACCUUCAGUUCUGAGCUCCUGGACAGUGCCUACAGGCCACUGAAUCUCACCAUAGGGGUGACAGCCUUUGCUGUUGGAAAGUACUCCAGGUUUGUCAGCCCCUUCCUGCAGUCAGCAGAGAAACAUUUCAUGCAAGGCUAUCGGGUCAACUAUUACAUCUUCACUGACAACCCAGAGACAAUUCCCCAUCCCCAGCUGCAGCCUGGAAGGAGGUUUGUCACUGUCCCCGUCAGUAGACACCCCAGCUGGCAGGAGAUCUCCAUGCGCAGGAUGGAGGCCAUCAACAGGCACAUAGCAGAGGUCAGCCACCAGGAGGUGGACUACCUCUUCUGCCUGGACAUUGACAUGGUGUUCCACAACUCCUGGGGGCCUGAGACCCUGGGUGACACAGUGGCAGCCAUACACCCUGGCUAUUUUAAUGUCCCUCGAAGCCAGUUCCCAUAUGAGAGGAGGAGCUCCUCAGCAGCCUACAUCCCUGAUGGAGAAGGAGACUUCUACUAUGGAGGGGCUGUGUUUGGGGGGCUGGUCAAGAAAGUCUAUGAGGUCACCAAGGCUUGCCACAUGGCCAUCCUGACAGACAAAGCCAAUGGGAUCAUGGCAGCCUGGCAGGAAGAAAGUCAUCUCAACAGACACUUCCUUUCCAACAAACCUUCCAAGGUGCUUUCUCCAGAGUAUUUAUGGGAUGACAGGAAGCCAAAGCCCCCCGAAAUUCACCUCGUACGUUUUUCCACAGUGGACAAGAACUACCAAGAGAUAAGAAAUUGAUCAUCUGAUCCCAGCAGAGAUGUCCUCCACACAAUCAGACCCACCAAAUAUUAGCUCCCACAGGGAAUUUUUUGUUCCCAGUGUGAACAAACUGAGAAAGGAACAUAUGGAUGUGCUGCAGGAUUUCUUGGACCUUCUCAGCAGAGAGCUGGUGCCAGCCAUUGCCAGUAAGAGCCUUGGUCUGACAGGACAAGUAAUGUUAAUUCAUAUGGCAGUCGUAUUCCAAAUACUAGUCUGUGUUUUAGAGACCUGAGUUUAGGCAGAAAUGGCACAGCUGGGACCCAGCCUGAACUUCUUUGGGUUUAUUUUGGUCACAGAUGUCCUCUGAACCUUUUCCCUGGUUCACAUCUCUGUGGAUCAUGUCAUCUUUUCCAACACAGAAAAUCUGGUAUUGAGAGGUUCGUGUUCCUGCAAUCCUUUCCAACUUUUCACUAAGUGCUGUGAAAAAAAAUUGGCUAGAAGCUGCUGGAAUUGACAGGAGGGGCUGAUGCAUUUCCAGAAACAGUGAUUUCACUUUGCAAUGAAUGUGAGUUCAGGCUGGAGCUGGAAGUACACUGGGGGUCCAGGUUUUCUUUGUGUGAGUGUGGUGAGAAGCUGAACCAGGCAUUUUGCAGGCUGACAGCUCCCUGGGGUCAGCAAUCUGGGGGGGUCCAAACACAGGGGAACAGCCCUGGCUUGUGUGAUCAUCAACUGGGGUCACAGCCUGGAGCUUCCUGUGCCACCUCCCUGCUGCAGCGUGGCCAUGGCUGCCAUAAACAUCAUCUCUGCCCCCUCCUGAGGCAAAAGCUGUGCAAGGCAGUGUUGUGAGCACAGGGAGCAUCAGAGAAUGGCCCUGCCUAGAGGAGGAGCAGAGGUGAAAGGGCUAAGCUGGCUGUUUCUAAGGGAACCAUUUAAAAAAAAAAAAAAAAAAAAGGCUUAUGUGCCAGAGAGGGAACAUGAGGAAAAGGUGCCUGACUGUUCUUGCUUCUCUGCUCAUGAGAAAAUUGCUCUAUGGCAGUGUAUCAAGUAUUCAAAGCUUUAGGGCCCCAGCACUGAUUGCAGAUGACUUAACGAGCCAUUUCAGGCCUGUGUGAGCAGGCUGAAAAUGGCACUUGACAGGGUCGUUGUAGGCAUUUCAUCUUCCAGAAGGCUAAUUAGAAAAGCUUUCAUGGUACCCAUACUACGCAUAAGGUACAUAAAAUACCUCCAGCCCAGCCCCCCUUGUGGCAGCUGCUCUGGUGAUUCCUGCUUUAUCCAGCCAAGGGUCCACCUUCAUGUAUUUUCUCUCAAGUCUUAGGGCUGGGGGAAGCCUUUCUGCACAACUGAACCAGAACUGAAUCUCAUGAGAAGAUGUCUGGGUUUGGUGAGCAGGCACAACAUUCCAGAAGAAAGGGUAAAAGAUCCUUACAAAAGAUCCUCACAAAGAGAUAUAUUAGCACCCAACCCAGGAUUAAUACUGUAUUUCUUAUUUGUAAAACAGUUGUGUUUGAAGGCCACAACUGAAACUGGGUCUCAUUCUGACAGUUGCUAUAUAUAUAUGUAUAUGCAUAGGGAUUCUUUUACAAGUCAGAAGGAACUGUCCAGUCUGAUCUGCACAGGACAAGCCAGAUAAAAUUAUCUCCCACUCUCAAGCUCAUGCUACAUGGCUGUGGUAGAUCUCUUACAGAAGCAUUCAUACCCCAUAAAUACACAGCAGCCACAAAUCCAUGGAUCAACUGUGCCAGUGGCUGAAUUCCCCUUGAGCCUUAAUUCUGCUCUAAACUGCUCAGUGUUUGCAGCCAUGGGGCUUCAUCCUGCCACACUAAAUCAUCUGAAUUCCUCUGAAUUUCAUAGCCUACACUAAAUCCACCAGGAGAGGAAGUUUUCUUGUGCAAAUGGUGUGUGCACAAGAGGGUGGUCUGUGUUCCUGGGGGUACCUGUUCUGAAAAACUUCUGUGAAGGGCUUGGUCUCCAGCUCUGAGCCCGUGACCCAGUGACUGAGGUGGUACCAGCCUGAUUUGUGCAGUGCCAAACAUGUUUAUCUGCCUGGCUGGCCUGAAGCUUCUCCCCAGGGAAAGGUCUGGUGUCACAUGCUGCCUGACACAGAUCUGCUCAGCAGGGCUGUGAUUGGAACCAGCACCUACAAAGUCCCUGUGUCUCCAGGGAGCAGAGGAAAGUGACUGCAGGAACACUCCCCAGUGCAGCGUGGGAGAUGCUCCCUCAAUCAGCUCUUGCCCUCCUCUAAUUAGUGAAAGCCUGGACUUCUGCUGUCAUCUCCUGCUGAUUAAUCAUCUCCCUCCAACACCACCAGCAAACCUUCCUCCUCUCAUUUGGAUUGUGCAGCAGUGGGGGAGCUUCCUCAGGACCUACUUUCUGAUGUGAAUUCCCCAGCAGCCAUAGGUCAGGGGGUAACUGAGGCAGAUGGGAGCAAAGCAGCAGACUCUCACUCCUGCUCAUGGGGUCUUCACUCACCCCGGGGGACAAUGGUGUUUCAUGUGUCCCUGUGCCAAGGAAAUUUUGACUUGGAAGCACACAGACAGCACGGAAACAUGUAUGGAAUCAGCACGUGUGAAUAAAUCAUCAGCUGAUUUAUGCUGCCUGAGGAUCUGCUCCUGCUUUCAAGGUAUUUUUGACUUGAGCCCUGGAUCCCCUUCACCAAGCCUUGGAUCAGUAGCUCGUUGCCUUCCCAAGGGCCCCUUGUUCUGUCCAUUUCUUUCUGCUCAGCUGGAACAGACUCAUCAUUCAUUGUUCAUCCAAUUUAAGAACCCAGCUGACAGGCUUUUUCUUUCCUCGUCCCAGCUGGUGACUUGCAUGGUGCAUUCAUCCUCAAAAGGAAAACUUCUCUGGGGGACAAGAAACAGCACUGAAUGGGCUCCUGGAUGGGGCCAGACUGCGAUCCUCUCAUUCUCCCCACUCAAUCCAUUCCCACUAAUUCAGAUUUGCACCCCUAUUCACCCCUAGUUGGGUUUCUCUUAGCUGUCCCAUGGCUGUUGCUGCCUGGCAUUACUGACCAGAAAUGUCAUUCUGAACUGCUUUGAUAUGCAGCAAUAGUUAUGAAAGGACUGGCCCAGUCAAACCUUCUCUGUGUGAGAUCUGUAGCUGAGGGGCAUGGAAAUGAGAUGAUCUUUGAGCAGACACAGAUGAGGAAGGAUAAGAACAUCAGUUACACGUUCCCUGCAUAAAACCUGGGGAACAGCCAUGUGCAUCUGGCUGGCUUGAUGCAGCACAGGGCUGGGAAGGAGCUGGAAGAUUCUGAACUCCCUGCUCUCUUUGCCUCUUUAUCCUAUGGUUUUUCAUGGGAGAGACUUUCCCCUGUUUCAUAUACACACAGGGUCCAGUCCUGGUCACUGACUGGAGAAUGGGAGGCACACAGAGUGAAUUUCUUUCUGUCAGAGAUUUGCUCUUGAUCUCAAAGAGCAGUUCCAGGCACCUGGAUUACUAUUUUCUCCCCCUGCCUGCUCUGUUUCACCUCACUGCCCCAGCAAAUCCCUGUGGGAUCGCCAGGGGUGAAACAUGCAGAAAGCAAGAGCUGCUCUCCAGGUGACAGUGACAAUGAUGGGUGCUGUCAGAGACAGCAGGAACUGGAGAAGGAAUUCACAGGAGUGGGUUGCACUUUACUCGUGCUAAAUACCUGAUCCUCCAGUUCUGCUCCACACAAAUAAUUCAGGAGAGCAUUGCAAGCAAAACACCUUGAAGAAGUGACUUUUAAAUGUCUGCCUACCCACCCGACUCCCCCCUUUAUCUAAGUGUAGAGUAAUGCUGCACUGACUUGACUCUCCCUGGGCUAUAUUUAGGUUAAACAUAGACCCACCAAAUGUUGCUGUUUCAUGUAAAACGAGUACAAAGCCGUAUGAAGAGUGUUAACCAGAACUCUGCUGCUUGAAUGCCCUGACCCCUGCUGAACCUGCAGCUAAAUUAAAGCAAGCCAUAUGAGUACAAA